CCAAUCACCAUUCGCCUGCUAAGUGGUGUCUGGUGGUCAGUUUUGGAUGUUUGUCGAAGUCGCCUCCGAAAUACUUGGAAGUUUAUCCCAGGAUUGAUAAUAUCCUUCUUUUUUACGGAAAACCGGCGGCGAUCACCGUUGCAUGGCCGUCAGCUGCUCGCACUUUGUAAAAAUAGCAGAAAAAUUGAGAGGAAUUUCCUUCUCCGAGGCGUCCUGAAGGGGAGCUAACCACUGUUAGCAUUGGGCUAGCAGUAUGUCAGCAACAGGAAGAGCUGUCAUCACCAUCCUCCUACCCUGGGACAUUGCUACAGGAGCGGGAAUGUUGGCGACGGCUGAGCCGGGAUUUGUGCUUGCGGCCGAUAUCGACGAGGAGAAUCAAGAGGUCCUUGAGGAUGCCUCACAGAUAGCAGAAGAUGACUCCCAAAUUGAUGAUGGUUUUCCUGCUACCCCCUCACAUCAGGAUGGUUCAGCAAUGCCUACAAGAAUUACAGGAGCACCAUCUCCAGCGGGCCAUUUCAGCGCAGCAGGUCUACGGCGAGAAGCGGGACAACAUGGUCAUCCCUGUGCCGGAGGCCGAAUGCAACAUCACGCACUACGAGUCCCUGUACCCGGGGGAUUUCAAUAUGCCAAAGCAGCUUAUUCACAUACAGCCUUUCAGUCUGGACACAGAGCAGCCAGACUACGACCUAGAUUCAGGGGACGAGACUUUUGUGAAUAAGCUGAAGAAGAAAAUGGAAAUCACGGCACUGCAGUUUGAGGGGAUGAUAGACCGCCUGGAGAAAGGCAGCGGGCAGCAGUUCGUCAGUCUCCAGGAGGCCAAACUGCUGCUGAAGGAGGAUGACGAGCUCAUCAAGGAGGUUUUUGACUACUGGAGCCGAAAGAGGAAGGUGUGCAAGGGUGGCACCUUCAUCCCCGUCGUCAAGCAGGAGAAGAGGGAUGGCUCCAGCACCAGCGACCCAUACGUGGCCUUUCGCAGACGGACGGAGAAGAUGCAGACCAGGAAGAACCGCAAGAAUGACGAGGCUUCGUACGAGAAGAUGCUGAAACUUCGGCGGGACCUCAGUCGGGCUGUCACCAUCCUGGAGAUGAUCAAGAGGAGGGAGAAAAGCAAGAGAGAACUGCUGCACCUCACGAUGGAGAUUGUAGAGAAGCGAAACACAAUGCCUGACUUUGGCAGCGAGGUGAUGGCAGAGGCGCUGGCCCAGCAGGCUCUGGUGAAGCCCAUCUACACCAUCCCCAUCAUUCCCAGUGCCAACCAGUACCGACACCAGGACCACUUGGACAUGGACUACAAGAAGCAGGACAAGAUGGAGGUGGUGCGAACCAAAAGGAAAUACGAAAAGAAACCCAAGAUCCCCCCUCUGUCGGUGCCCCAUCACACGGGACCUUCUGUGUUUAAUCUUAAGGACCUCAACCAGUAUGACUUCCCUAGCUCUGAUGAAGAACCCUUCUCUCAGAUUAAUUCAGGUUCCUCCGAGGCAGAGGAAGAGAACGAUCCAGAUGGCUGCUAUGCGUUCAGGAGGAAAGCCGGCUGUCAUUACUAUGCCUCCAAUCCGGGCCAGAGUGGCAGCUGGCCGUGGGUAAGUCCGCUGGAGGGCGGGCUGGGUCACCCACGUUUCCGCUACUGUCUGACCUCGCUUAGCAUGCCACGGUGCUGCAUCGGUGUGGCUCGACGGCGCUUGGGCCGAGGCGGCAGAUUCUUGUUGGAUCGAGCGCACGCGGACCUCGACAGCGUCGGCCGGAACCUGGACUCCGACCCAGAACCAGAAUCGCUCACCUCGUCACUUCCAAGCUCUCCACUCCGCAACUCCAGUACCUCAGAAACCAAUACCUCGGACCUGACUGGCUCUUCCCGCCCCGUCUCCUCUGCCUCCUCAGCAUCACAACACCUGUUGUCGUCAUCGUCACCCACCAUGGUCGCGGACCUCGGCCGGAUUCUUUUGAACAUUAAAUCUUGCCGCUGGAGACAUUUUAGACCGCGGACACUAUCCCGGCACCUUUUGGGUGGAGGAGACUCCCCUCUUAAAGGGUGUGGAGAUUUCAGUCGGGCGGUGACGGGAGUUACUCGCACCCUGUCUGGAGGAUCCUGCCUGCAGAACCGCAUUUGCGCGCCUGUCAACUUGUUGACGGUGGAGCAGUACCAGCAGCACCAAGAGCAGUUGGCCGUCAUGCAGAAGCAGCAGCUGGAGCAGAGCCAACAGCAGCAGCAGCAGCCACCUCUGCAGCAGCAGCAGCAGCAGCAGCCGCCGCAGCAGCAAAUGCAACACGCCAACAACUCCAUGAGCGCCGCCAACCCGCUGAUCCUGGUGUCCAAGACGUUGGACCAGGCCAGCGCCCAGUUCGCCGCCUCGGCUCUCGUCACCACUGACCAGCUGCUGGCCUUCAAGUCCAAAGAGGAGCUGGUGCUGGCGAGCGGCGUCAAUGGCGUCCUGGGGAGCGCAGCUGUCUUCAAAGGUCUGCAUUUGUCGAACGCCACCGCCCCACCCGUCGCCCCCGCUUUCCUCCAGCCCUCCCCCCAGCUGGCCACCCCUCCACCCGCCAAUGUCGUGCCCGCCGUCUCGCUCUCCUCCGUCCCAGCACUCGGCCUCCUUGGGUGCAACGCCGCCGCCCCCGCCUCCACUCAGGUCAUCAUCGGGAACAAUAUCUGUCUGAGCGUUCCCUCUGCCCCCGGCCUGGCGGGGCGCCACCUGCCCCGCACCCUGGCCGGCGUGUCGCCCUCUGCCUUAAAACUGUCCACCGGCACCAACCUGCAGAAGCCCAAAGUGUCCGCAACGCCGUCCAUGGACAUGAACUCCAGGGAGAACCACGAGGAGGACAAGCCGUCUCUGAGCAGUUUAGCAGACAACACAGUGGCCAUGGAAGUGACGUAGUAGCGGCCAUGAAGGGGUGGAGUCUUUCUUUUUUUUUUUUUUUUUUUUUUUUUUUCUUUUUUAAGGUGCUGUGCAUCGUAGCGUAGUCGGGGGAUGCAAAAAAAAAAAAAAAGGGACUGCCAGGAUGUGACAAGCGACUCAUCCUUUUUAAUGAAAAACUGUGUUUUGUUACCGUGGAAAGUGUAAAUUAUGAAUAUACGGCAAAAAUGAAUAUGUGUACAGUAAAAUAUUUGUACAUAUUACUUGAAGAAAAAACUGUCCGUUUGUGAUGUUUUGCACUUGGGAGUCAAAAGAGGGAGAAAAAAAGGUGUGUUGAGUGAGUGAGUUGUACAGAGAAGUUUUAUCAUGUGCAUGGUGCGAGCUGCUGCUUUGAUCUAUUUAUUAUUGUGCCGUGUUUACACUUUUUUUUAUUUGUACACUGUACCUUUUUUUGUUUGCUUCCUGUGCUCUUGUACACGUUAGCUAGCUGCAGACUCCUGGGUGUCUUUCUACAACAAAUCAAGCGCCCUUUCUUGCCCCUGAAGGCAGGGGCGUCCUAACAUUGUCCAGAGAGGGGGAGGCCAUAUGGCUAAGAUGUUAAAAGCAAUCCAGUGUAGGUAAACAUAUGUUAAGCUAUCAAAACAUCUCAGCAAAUUUGUGUCAUAUCUAAUCAUAAAUCUCAAUCCUGAGCCGCACGUUGGACACCCUUGCCUUAGGGUCUUGAGGAAAGAUGGCCGCCAUUGGUUGGGGUGGGGGAGGCGUGAGACCUUUGACCGUUGUCGCAAAUAAUACGUAACAAAACAGGGAUGAAGUCUCUUCCCAGAAGCCUUUGCUGCUUCCUAUUAAAAGCACUAUUUUUGUGAUGUUUUUUUGUUUUUUGAUACAGAUGCUGCUUUUUGUAUUUUGGGUUUUAAGGAUUUGGUCCUUCAUUUUCAUGCAAUUGGAGUCCCCUUUGUUUUUAUUCUUUUUUUUUUUUUUUAAAUCCCACCAACUUUUUAUGUACAACAAAGUUAUUUUUGUAUUUUUUGUUUUGUUUUCUUGUGGUAAACUUGAUUGUAAGCUUUUUAAAUGUCAUUGUUUGGUUGUGUAUGGUGAUAAGGGAGGCGGGAGAGCAGUACGUGUUGAUCAUUCCAGGUUUUAAAGAGGGAAAAAAAUGCUAAAUGACGAGGGUGGGGGGAGGGGACAUGGAGGGAUCGUGACCUUCUUACCCCAUCACCCCAUUUUUUUCCCCUCCCUUGUUUAAUUUUUUUUCUUUUAAAAAAAGAAUCUCCAGACGGCUGCAAGGCCAAAAACCACAAGUAUUUUUGGGUGCCUUCCUUUUGGGGAAAUGACAUGUCCUCUCUUCUGUGAAGAGUCCGGCACAAAGGCAGCAUUACUUAGUAGUGCUCGUGGUCUUUGUGGUGUAUCCUUGAGGUUUACUCGUCCCACCUGGAGGCUGAAAAGAUGAAAAAAAAAAAAAAGAUGUGACGAUUCUCACUAAAAUAAGACAAUAAAGCCCAGGGCAUUAAAUGUGACCUCCAAUGACUUUCAUGUUUGUUGUGUGGGUGUGUGUUGGUGUAUAAAUGUUGAGCAACAAUAUUAACAAAACUGAUUUUA